CUAAAAGCUCUGGUGUCUACAGGAGGCAGAAAUGUGCAGGCAGCUUGUGAUUGGUGGGUAUUGAAAACACACACACACACACACCCUUACUUACUCCUUCCUGACUUAAUAGCGAAAUCCUGGUUAGAUGUGGUGGUAAUCAUUACGGCCUAACAGGUUUACAUGUAACUGAGUGGCUGACUGUGGAUCACAUUAAGGACAUCCGUCCAUAGACUGUAUGAGAACAUCUCUGUAACUGCAUCACUGCUUCCAUCUGCUGGUGGUGGAACAAACAUGCACCACUCACUCACCCCACACCCUUUUUAUUGCACAUUACCGCUUUAUAAAAUGGAAAAAUAAGACAUCUUUUUUUUUUUAUAUGAAUGAAUAUACUGUAGUGUAAUGGAAAAUACUGUAGGGUCAAGUCAAAUACUAUUUUGACAGAGACACUUUAUUAUUAAGACAUGACUCAUGUUGGUUGAGAGUGUAGCCCACAUCCAGUUCCCUAGGCUCAUAUUCAAAAAGCGUCUUUGUGUAGGAAGGCUGAUCUAGGAUUGGGUCCCCCACGCUCGUCCAUAUAGUCAUAUUCGUUAUGAUCUGAAAGGCAAGACUGAUCUCAAAUCAGUACUCCUACUCUGAGACUCUUUGAAAACGGGCCCUGUGUACUGACCCUCCCUCCAUCCCCCCUCCCUCCUCUCCUUCUCCUCGCCCCAGGUUGUUCUCUCAUGUGGACGACCCAUUUCUGGACGACCCUCUCCCCAGGGAGUACGUAUUGUACCUGCGCCCCAGCGGCCCCCUGCUCCACCAGCUCAGCACCUUCUGGCAGCAGUCACGGGUCACCUGCGGCAAGAACAAGGCCCACAACAUCUUCCCUCACAUCACCCUCUGCCAGUUCUUCAUGGUGAGUACUGCCCUUGUUUGUCUGUGUUUCAGGACAAACCGUGAGACUGUUUGUCGUCAGUACAGGCUGUGACUGCACGUCUUUACUGGGUUUCUUUGAGCUUGAUUCUUGGCAUUGUUUCACUGUGUAAUGUGCCAUGGUGCAUGUAUAUGCUGCUCUCUGGGUUUGACUCGGCUGUCGUCGCUCUGUGUAUCUGUGCAAUCUCUGUGUUAUGCAUCACUGUGUGCAGAGUUGUGUCUCUGUGUCUGUACUAGACUGUACAUGUAACUCACUCAGUCACCCUCUCUCUCCAGUGUGCGGACGGUAAGGUGGAGGCCCUGAGUGAGGCCCUACAGGCUACUGUGGGGUCAUGGAGGGGUCGUUUCCCUAACCCUCUCCCCCUGGAGCUCUACACCUCCUCCAACUUCAUAGGCCUCUUUGUGGAGGAGCAGGUGGCAGAAGUACUGAAGGACUUUGCCGCUGACUUCGCUACGGAGGCGGCUACGAAAGCAGGUAUAUUGGACUUAUAUAUUGGACAAUACAUAAUACAUAAGUGAUAAUGUCAGAGAAGCCGGUGUUUGGAAGAUAUAUUGGCAAGGGUGCUGUUCGUCGAGGGCUGGCAAACCGUGCCAAUAUACAGUUGAAGUCGGAAGUUUACAUAUACCUUAGCCAAAUACAUUUAAAUACAUUUUUCACAAUUCCUGACAUUUAUUCCUAGUAAAAAUUCCCUGUCUUAGGUCAGUUAGCAUCACCACUUUAUUUUAAGAAUGUGAAAUGUCAGAAUAAUAGUAGAGUGAUUUAUUUCAGCUUUUAUUUAUUUCAUCACAUUCCCAGUGGGUCAGAAGUUUACAUACACUCAAUUAGUAUUUGGCAGCAUCGCCUUUAAAUUGUUUAACUUGGGUCAAACAUUUUGGGUAGCCUUCCACAAGCUUCCCACAAUAAGUUGUGUGAAUUUUGGCCCAUUCCUCCUGACAGAGCUGGUGUAACUGAGUCAGGUUUGUAGGCCUCCUUGCUCGCACACGCUUUUUCAGCUCAGCCCACACAUUUUCUAUAGGAUUGAGGUCAGGGCUUUGUGAUGGCCACUCCAAUACCUUGACUUUGUUGUCCUUAAGCCAUUUUUCCACAACUUUGGAAGUAUGCUUGGGGCUAUUGUCCAUUCGGAAGACCCAUUUGUGACCAAGCUUUAACUUCCUGACUGAUGUCUUGAGAUGUUGUUUCAAUAUAUCCACAUUAUUUUGUGAAGUGCACCCAAACGGGGAAGGCUUGCAAGCCGAACAACACCAUCCCAACCGUGAAGCACGGGGGUGGCAGCAAAGCACCCCCACAGCAUGAUGCUGCCACCCCCGUGCUUCACGGUUGGGAUGGUGUUCUUCGGCUUGCAAGCCUUCCCCUUUUUCCACCAAACAAACCGUUAUAUUUUUGUUUCAUCAGACCAGAGGACAUUUCUCCAAAAAGUACGAUCUUUGUCCCCAUGUGCAGUUGCAAACCGUAGUCUAGCUUUUUUAUGGCGGUUUUGGAGCAGUGGCUUCUUCCUUGCUGAGCGGCCUUUCAGGUUAUGUCGAUAUAGGACUCGUUUUACUGUGGAUAUAGAUACUUUUGUACUUGUUUCCUCCAGCAUCUUCACAAGGCCCUUUGCUGUUGUUCUGGGAUUGAUUUGCACUUUUCGCACCAAAGUACAUGAAUCUUUAGGAGACAGAACGCUUCUCCUUCCUGAGUGGUAUGACGGCUGCGUGGUCCCAUGGUGUUUAUACUUGCGUACUAUUGUUUGUACAGAUGAACGUGGUACCUUCAGGCGUUUGGAAAUUGCUCCCAAGGAUGAACCAGACCUGUGGAGGUCUACAAUUAUUUUUAUGAGGUCUUGGCUGAUUUCUUUUGAUUUUCCCAUGAUGUCAAGCAAAUAGGCAUUGAGUUUGAAGGUAGGCCUUGAAAUACAUCCACAGGUACACCUCCAAUUGACUCAAAUGAUGUCAGAAGCUUCUAAAGCCAUGACAUCAUUUUCUGGAAUUUUCCAAGCUCUUUAAAGGCACAGUCAACUUAGUGUAUGUAAACUUCUGACCCACUGGAAUUGUGAUACAGUGAAUUAUAAGUGAAAUAAUCUGCCUGUAAACAAUUGUUGGGAAAAUUACUUGUGUCAUGUACAAAGUAGAUAUCCUAACCGACUUGCCAAAACUAUAGUUUGUUAAAAAGACAUUUUUUGGAGUGGUUGAAAAACAAGUUUUACUGACUCCAACCUAAGUGUAUGUAAACUUCCGACUUCAACUGUAUCCUCCAAACACCGGCUUCGAGGGCAUUAUCACCUUUAUACAACGGGUUACCAACAUAUUCAAAUAAUGAAAACGGUAUUUUGAUUAAUUUAUUCAUAUUGUUUCACCCUUCCACAAGAUAUAGUCCCGACAUAAAUCUAGGGUUGCUUCCCAAGCCGGCUGGUCGUUAGUUCUAUCGGUUCGGUUGCCAGAGACGCGACCCAGUCGUUCUUUCUAAAUGUUCCAUUGCCAUUCUGGCUGGCAACGUUCUUAUCCCUUGCUUGGUAGCUAGCCAACUACUGCUACGUUACAGUCACAUCAAACAGUGCAGCAAGUAGCUGCAUUUGCAUUUGUUUAAGCUGUUUUCUAGUGAUAUUUAUUUGGAUACAUCCAUAACAAUGAGCUAAUGAUGCGCGAUUUCACCUAGACAAUGUGCUCUCUCAUCAGGAGCUAGCCAACAACCCAGCUAACACAAUCACUUCAAACUGAAGCUGGAAAGACGGCGAACUAGCUGCAUUUCGUUUUACCUGUUUUCUAUUGAUAGUUCUUUGUAUAUAUCCAUAAAAACUAUUCUGAUUCAUGUUUUUGACUGGCUGAUAAAAGCUGCCUGCGUCUCUGUCUCGUCCCGACUCCCGACCCCGACACGUUCAUUACUAUGGGACAGCUGGAGAUCAAAUUUGAAUAUUGAAAUAAUGUUGCAAAUGUCAGAGACAGACAGCAAGGUUUAUACAAAUCUCCGUUGUUGAAAACGAAAAUGUUACUCUAAAAGAAAUGGGAGGUGUCUAGAUGCUUUUUAUAGUGGAUAUCAAGUUUAUAAUUUAUAAAAUGAGAGCAUUUCAGCAACACAGUGUAUUUAGUGCUCCUUCAUGUCUCUUCCUCUGUGCUCAGAUGUCUCUGUAAUGUCUCUCUCCAUUUAUCGAUAUAGCUGUAAAUAUGUAAACGGUAUCUAUAAUGCUCCUGUCUCUCUCCCUCCGUAACUCAGAUGUGCACGUGGAGCCCCAUAAGAAGCAGCUCCAUGUGACCCUGGCCUACCACUUCCAGACCAAUCACCUGGCUGCCUUGGAGAAGCUGGCCAAGGGAGUGGACAUAUCAUUGGGCUGCGAUUGGCUGGCCGUGCUCUUCUCCCGGGACAUCCGAUUUGCCAACCACGAGGUACACCAGCCCCCCCCCCCCCCCCCCCCCCCCCCCCCCCCCCCCCCCCCAUCACACAACAAGGUCUCGUCUGCCUGACUCUGACCUGGUUGUGGCCUAUGUGUUAUUCAUCUCUUUUUUUUUGUCUUUAUUACUGAUAUCUUGUUUACCUUUUUACAUCUCUUUCAUUUUAGUCUGUUUUAGUUCUAUUGUUUUACUGUAAAUUGUGUUGCAAUUUUUAAUACAAUUUAAAUACAUUCAGAAUUGAACCCUGCUCUCUGAUUGGUGACCAGUUUGAUCACUGACCUCUAACCCCAAUCACCACCACCCCCCCCCCACCCUCCAGACGCUGCGUGUGAUGUACCCAUACGCGCCUCAGAACGAGGACGAGCUGGAGCUGGCGCCUGGGGACUUUAUCUUCAUGACCCCCGUGGAGCAGGGUAGUGCCAGCGAAGGCUGGGUCUAUGGCACGUCUCUGGGCACGGGGCUACCUGGACUGCUGCCUGAGAACUAUGUCAGCCGGGCAGAUGAGUGUGACACCUGGGUCUUCCAUGGGUAAGCAGAGGAAGGCUUCAUACUCAAUGGGUAGAGAUUUGCUAUGGAUGUGAUUCUGUAAUAGAAGUGAGUUUGUAAUGCAGUAGAGUUAUCCCCUUUCUGCUCACUGUUUUGCUACUCCCAAACGUAGUGAUUUAACACAGCGUUGUUACUUUUGAUAUGUUUUAGGUUCCUUCAAGUUCAUCUCCUGAAUCUGUAUGUCUGUUCCCCAGAUCUCACUCUUUCAGCAACCCCGCCUCCCCGUCCAACGCUGGGGGUGCAGUGGGCGGCCUGUUAUUUGAUGGACAGCUGGACAGACGUUUUCUUGAUGACCCGGGAGAUCCAUCCAGCCUCACUGUCCUGUGUCCACCUGUCCAGGUAGUCGUGUAACACUGAAUGAUUUGUCACAAAAUUGAACACAUUUUUGCAAUAUAGUUGUUUUUUAAAAACAUUUUCAGAAUGCAUUUUUGAGGUUACUAAAGGCUGUACAACCUUGCUUAUUCUACUUUGAAUAAGAAUUCAAAUGUUUAUGUACAGACAUGAUUGAAUAAUAGUUAUAAUAGUACUUUAUAAUGGGUAUUAAUAGUGUAUCAAUGGUGUAUGAAUGGUGUCUUAGCUGUGUAAUGAAACUGUGUUCUCCAGAUGCUGAGGCCCACCACUCAGUCGUGUCUUCCCAAGAGGAGUCUGUUUGUGUGUCGCCAUGGUGAGAGGAUGGAUGUGGUGUUUGGGAAACACUGGAUCACUCAGUGCUUCGAUGCUAAAGGUCAGUAGAAGAGAGGAUAUAGGGGGAAAUGUAAUGUAUUGGAUAGUAGAAAUGCUUUACUGUAGUACUAAUGUACAUACUGUAUUAUGAUAAUCAGUCUGCCUCCUCUUUUGCGUUCAUAACUCUCUAGGCCGAUAUGUUCGCUCCAACCUCAACAUGCCGUCUAGUUUGCCAACGAGAGGUGGAGGCUUCCGGGACUACGACAAAGACUGUCCAAUCACAGUGUUCGGCUCCACUCAAGCCCGCCUUGUGGGCGAAGCCCUGUUGGAGAGCCACACGGUGAUAGACUUUGUGUACUGUUCUCCCUCGCUGCGCUGUGUCCAGACUGCCCACAACAUCCUCAGAGGUAUGGCCUGAACAAUAUCAUCACCAUCAACCACAAUCAUCAGCUCGGAGUACAAUAAACUAUUCUAUUCCAAUUUAUUCUAUUCUAUUGUAUUCUAUUUUAUUCUAUUCCAUUCUACUGUAUUAUAUUAUAUUCCUCAGGUCUACAGCAGGAGGGGAAGACUAAGAUCCGUAUAGAGCCUGGUCUGUUUGAGUGGACCAAGUGGGUGUCUGGCACCGCUCUCCCUGCCUGGAUCCCUCCCACUGACAUGGCCGCUGCUAGCCUGAGUGUGGACACAACCUACAGGUGCAGUACACCUAGUCUGAAUACAGUACCUCACAACCUACACACACACACCCACACUUUAAAUACUUUAUUUGAACCCACAAAUAACAUGACAUCAUAAAGGAUUCAAACAUUUCAAAGGUCGUUGAUGCAAGGACACUUAAGGAAACAAAAAGUGCCUUCUCCUCCACACAUCUAGGCUCCCCAUAACGGCUGAAACAGAGCAGUUCCUUGCCAUUUUUUUUGCUUUACUCUUACGCAGGCCUGCAAUCUGAAGGCCACGUACCAUAAGCCUAUGUACGUAGCCAAGACUGCCAAAUAUCAAUACCACCAACUUACACACACACAUACAGUCCUAGGCUGGAGGUGAAAGAUACACUUCUACCCCUUUCACACUACUGAGCCGAGCCGAGCCAAGGCUGGUUCCUUAUCCACCAAAGUCACUGAAACAUCGCUGUUGAGGUGAAAAGACAUUGUAAAAAGGAAAUAGCCUGUCUGAGCCAGGAUAGUUUGUUUCAGGUCAGCAAUAAAAAUGUUAAGUGCCACUAUAAGGAUUUUCUGAAUAUUUCAUUUAGCAGACGCUUUUAUCCAAAGCGACUUACAGUAAUGCUUGCAUACAUUUUACGUAUGGUGGUCCCGGGAAUUGAACCCACUAUCCUGGCGUUGCAAGCGUCAUGCUCUACCAACUGAUCUACAGAGGACAUGGCUCAGUGUGAUUCUUCUCUCCUUCUCCUCCAGACCUCAUAUUCCCAUCAGCAAGCUUGGCGUGUCAGAGUCCUAUGACACCUACAUCAGCCGGAGCUUCCAGGUCACCAAGGAGAUUCUGACAGAGUGCAAAAACCUGGGUAAGAUGGACCAAAGCAGACCAGACAGUCUCUGUGAAGUAACACUAUGCUACAUAUUCAGAGUGUUCCAGAGGAUGGGCCUGAGCAAGGCUCUGUGCAGAAUCCCUGAUCUACAAAUCAUCUGAUCUACAACUACUCAUUAUGUGGUCAAAAUUAGUGAAUCUGUGCAACUAAUUGCUCAGGAUGAUCCCCUCGAAAGUGCUGAUUGGCUCCUAAACUCUGUGAGUUAGCGUGUGCAGGUCCAUAUCAGUGGAGGCUGGUAACUUGAAAAAUUGAGGAGGAUAGGAGAACCACGGUAUAGGCACGGAGACGACGGUGUGUUUCAAAAAUCGCCAAAGGCAAAUUAUUUUAACCUAAAACAUUUAAUAAAGACAUUUUAUAAUGAAAUAUUAUGGGGAAUGGGAAUGAGGGCUACUUAGUGUUGGGAAGGGAUCACAGCAGUGAUUGAAUGUGGGUAUGAGUUGAGGUGUUCAAAGGCUUCAGUGCAGGACAAAAGAGCUAAGAAUUAGUUAAUCCAAGCAAGGAUAAAAAUCAGAUUGAUGUGUAAUAAUGUGAUUUGUGUUUGAAUGUGAUUGAGUCUACAUACAGUAAUGAGAGAAAAUUGACAGGCUUAAUCACAGUGCUUGGAGAGGAAACAUUCAAUGCACCAGUGGAUGAGAGGGCACAAGAGACAUGGCUUCAGUUCAUAUCAGGAGAGAGUUGACACUGGUAGAGGAGUGGUCAUCCUCUCUUAAUCAGGGAACAGGAGGGGACCUGCGAGCGACAACUGAUGUCUGUGGUUUCAUCCAUUUGCCAUGUGACAAAAUGCGCUGCGUCAACCUUUCUUUUAGUCUCACUUUUAAUGGAUGAUGCGAUGGAAGCUAUCAAAUCAUUCUGAAUUGAUCUCGGCAUCAAAGAAGUAGCAGGAAAAUGUUUAAUAAAUGGAACUAACACAACACGAAAAUAAAGUUAUAAAACCAAGAAUACAAUAUAUAAUCUACCUCCUUCGUCUCCUGUAGUUUGAAGAAACUAAUUUGAAUUGAAUAAUAUCCAAAAAAUGCUUAACUAGCUAUCACUAUUCACUAUGCCAAUCUCAAUCUAUCCAACAAUGUCACCACUCACCAAGCUUCUAAAUCACACAUGCGUAGUACUAGGUUAAUUCUCUGAUUCUUUGAUUGGAUGGACAACAUGUCAGUUCAUACUGCAAAAGCUUUGAUUUGUUGGAGGACGUGCUCCGAAAGUCGUCAUAAUUACCAUGUAGGUCUAUGGAAGGAGUUGAGGAGCAUGAGCCUACUAGGUUUUGUAUUGAAGUCAAUGUAGCCAGAGGAGGAUGGAAAAUAGCUGUCGUCCGGCUACACUGUGGUGCUACCCUAGAGGAUGCUGUUGAGACUACUGUAGACCUUCAUUGCAAAACAGUUUGUUUUAAUCAGGUACUUGGUGACAUGAAUAUAUUUAGUAUAGUUUUAUCUAUUUCUCAUCUAUGUCCUUCCCUUCCUCCUCUGAGAAGCCUCCACUGGUCCAUGUACUGUAAGUGAUGGUAUUUGUGAGUUUGCGUGUAUAAGCCCAUAUGUACUGUACAGUAAGUCAUGUUAUGUGUGGUAGGUAGCCUAGCGGUUAAGAGCGUUGGACCAGUAACUGAAAGGUUCGAAUCCCCGAGCCUACUAGGUGAAAAACCUGUUGAUGUGCCCUUGAGCAAGGCACUUAACCCUAAUUGCUCUUGUAAGUCGCUCUGGAUAAGAGCGUCUGCUAAAUGACUAAAAAUGGAAACGUAUGUAACCUCUGUGGUCUCCCUCUGGUCUCACACAGGAAACACUGUGCUGAUCGUGGCCCAUGCUUCCUCCCUGGAGGCAUGUACUCGCCAGAUGCAGGGACUCAGCCCACAGAACGCCAAGGACUUUGUACAAGUGGUCAGGAAGGUCAGCAUGCUUCCUUCAGCACGUCUCUCUCGCUCUUGAUCUGCUAUCUCUUUCUCUGUCUUGCUUUCCAUCUCGCUUUCUUUCUCUCUCUCCCUUCUAAAGUAUCUCUCGUUUUCUACCUCCUUAUCCCUUUCUCUCUGCCUCCUUUCUCUCUCUGUCUCUCCCCCCCCCCCCCCCCCCCCACACACACACUUCUCUAAUGACACCAGUUUGUCCCUCAAUAGACAUCCAUCUCUCCUUGUCUCCUUGUAUAGAUUCCUUACCUAGGUUUCUGUGCGGCUGAGGAGAUGGGGGAGACAGGGGUGUGGCAGCUGGUGGACCCACCCAUCCUUCCAUUAACCCACGGGCCCAAUCACAGCUUCAAUUGGAGGGAUACGCUACAGCAGGAC